AUGCACAAAAAUAUCUGUAAGGAACUGGUGGCUUGGUACAAACAAAAGGCGAAAUACAUUGUGCAGGGUGCCUUGUUUCCAGAAGCUGGACUGAAUUCGGGAGUCGUCCAUGCAGGAGGGGUUGGUGGGCUAGUGGUUGUUCGCGACAUCAACCUGUUUUCCUACUGUGAGUCUUGCUUGCUUCCAUUUAGCAUCAAGUGCCAUGUUGGCUAUGUGCCAUCCGGAGGGCGUGUCGUCAGCCUGAGUAAGCUGUCGCAAGUUGCAGAUGUAUUUGCAAGGAGGUUUCAGGAUCCUAAAAGACUAGCAAGUGAAGUUUGUGCAGCAUUGCAUAACAGCAUUAACCCGGCCGGUGUUGCUGUCUCUCUUCAAUGUUGGCACAUGAAAUUUAGCAAUUUGUGUGACACCAAUUUUACUCAUUCGACCAUAUCAAAUAUGCAAAGUUGGGGAACAGUUUUAGCUUCUUCCAGGUCUGGAGUUUUUAAGGAAGGGAAGAACUCUUUGUGGGAUGAUUUCACUUCUCUUCUGAUACUAAGUGGUGCAAUCAUCGAUGGAGGAGAUACAAACCAUUCUCAACGGCAGAAAAUGAAGUUUGUUGUUCUUUAG